GUCUAAAAAGAAAUAGAGUCCAAAAUCAGUUAAAAAAAAAAUCUCAAAAGAAGACGUUUUAUCUGGGUACAUUUCUUGCUCUGGGGCUGCUGAUUUGAUAAAAACUAGGGAAUUGAUUAAACUUUUUCUUGUUUAUUGUAGCACAUUCUCGUCGUAAGUUUUUUUUAUGUUGUUCGCUUUCACAUGGCGUUCUUAUCUCAUGUGCUUGUAUUCUGUACACCAUAUGUUCGACUAAAUUACUAGGAGAAAAAACCCAGCAGAGAUUGCUCCUCCCCCCUUUAAUUUUGGGCCAGUUGAUCUCUCCACCACGUGACUUGUGCUGAUUGUCGUUGCUGCACCAAAUUCCCCGUGAUCGUGGUGGCUUUAUACCUGUAAAUCUGUUUCUCUAUGCACUCUGCAAAUUAUUAUGUUUUUUAGUGUGAAAUAAGAAGUUUUUGGAUUUAUGUACAGGUUGCAGCAAUUCAUAAACUUGAGCACAUUGAAAACCAUGGGCAAGAAGCGAGGCGUAAAAAUGUCACCAUACACACCAAUUACAUUAAGACAAGAAACAACAGGCAGAUUACAAACUCAAGGCACCAAUAAUGUUCGUGAUCCAAAACUCUUGAGACUCGAGCACUUGAAAAAUAUAGCAGCAUGGGCCAGCAGGGAACAUUCAAUCCCGUCCCCUCUGACCGCCACCUACGGACGCCAAUACGCUGCUGCAGCCGAAGCAUUGGGAAUCCCUCCAGACACUUCUUUAAUUCAGUGCGAGAGAUGUGAGACAGUUCUUGAGCCUGGUUUUAACUGCACAAUACGAAUUGAGAAGACUCGUGCAAAGUCGAGGAGCAGACGUAAGAAACCAAGUUGCAAGAAUAAUGUGGUUUACAAGUGCCACUUUUGUUCACACCGUAAUCUGAUGAGAGGCACUCCAAAAGGUUAUAUGAAAGAUAUAUGCCCAUCUAAGAGAAAGCAGAAGAGGUCAUACGAAGAGUCAGAACCUUCCAAGUCGAUUCCUGAGAACUCUGUCAGCUCGAAGAAGCUUGAUGAAUCAGCAACAAAGACAGAGAUGGCUAAAAUUGAUGAGAUAGCUAGUCCAGCUACUCCAUUCAUGAUAAAUGGAUCUAGUUUACUAGAUGCAAAGAGGAGAAAGAGAAACAGAUCGGGAUCUAAAAAGUCUGAGGAAUCUCAAGAUAACAAGGCUGCAAAAGAUGGUGAGGAAACUGUUAACGCAUCGAGUAAAAGGAAACGGAAAUCUUGGGCGAGCUUGAAGGAAAUGGCCGAGAGCAAUCAGCAGGGUGGCUCUGGAAAUGUUGCUAACUUGACAAUCCCCUUUUUCAUGUGAGUUCACCAAUGGAUAUAUGGCUUUUAAGAGAGUGAAAUAUUCACAAGUGGUUCUUGGAUGAUGUAACAUCAAAUUUUAGGGGAAGAGAGAGUGUAGGAUUAGGAAUUGCAGUUUAGUUUGCUCAUAGAAGAUUGAUAUGGUUUUUCUUUCACCAUUGGCUGUUCAGGAUUAUUUUUUCUUCAAUGAUUAUUUUGCUUCUGAA